CGGCUGUGGAAAAAAAGCGAAGGUGCCCCGCGGCCCAAGCUUGUCCUUUCCGGGCCGCCGUCGCCUCGCUCCCGAUUGGCCAGGGAGCCCCGCCCUCUGAGGAAAGGGGACGCGUCCCGUGACGUCACCCGAGCCUCCUGGCCGGGGAGCGACCGAUCCGGGAGAGAUCAGAUCAGAGACGGGACACGCCCACCCUGCCGCGUGAUUGGGCAGGGACGGGAAAGGGCUGGCCACGCCCCUUUGGAACGCUCGCGCUUAGACAACCCCAGCUGGAGCACCUGGAGCAGCAGCAGCCGCGAGAACCGCAGAGCCCCCAAGAUAUACCAGUAGAUCCCAGCUGACCUUCUGCUAACCCCUACAGAUCACAUAGAAAUGAAGCAAAUGGUUUGCUCACAGUGGGAAAGUGCAUUUUGAACAUAGGAGCAGGGGAAGUUGAGGAAGCAAUGUUCAACAAAACCUGUGUAGUUUCUGCUCCAGGGAAAGUUAUCCUUCAUGGCGAGCAUGCUGUCGUCCACGGCAAGGUGGCGGUGGCGGUGGCUUUGAACCUGAGAACGUUCCUUCGGAUGACCCUUCGGAAUGAUGGGAAAAUCUCGAUAGAUCUGCCGAAUAUCAGGACCAAGUUAUGUUGGGAAACAUCCGAACUGGAGCCCUUGUUGGUGGCAUUCCCUGCUGACCAGAUUGACUCUCAGCCCCCCAGCCCAGAACAAGUGGAGAAGCUGAAAGAGUUCUCGGGCGUUGCAGAUGGAGCAGCUGCAGCAACCCGCAGCCAGGCCACCGUUGCGUUUCUCUACUUGUACUUAUCCAUUGCAUCUAAAUGCGGGGUCCUUCCGAGCAUGGACAUCUUGGUGUGGUCUGAGCUGCCCACAGGGGCUGGGUUAGGCUCCAGCGCUGCUUAUUCCGUCUGCCUGGCGGGAGCCUUGCUUUCUGGGUGUGGAGUCAUUGGUUACCCUCUGGGGGAGGGCCAGUCUGUAGCAAGGUGGACUGAGGUGGAGUUGGGCUUAAUCAACAGGUGGGCCUUCCGAGGAGAGCAGGUGAUCCACGGGAACCCCUCUGGAGUAGAUAACGCUGUGGGGACCUGGGGUGGAGCAUUGCGAUACCAGUCUGGAAAAAUCUCAUCAUUAAAAAGAGUUCCCACUUUAAGGAUUUUGUUGACCAACACCAAGGUCCCCCGGAGUACCAAGAUCCUGGUCGCAGGAGUUAAAGACAAGCUGCUGAAGUUUCCCGCCAUAAUGGAGCCCGUGUUGACUUCGAUUGACGCCAUUUCCCAGGAAUGUGAAGGUGUCCUCGAAGCUAUGGCUGAACAUUCGUCAGGAGAACACUACGCCAUGCUGGAGGAGCUCAUUGACAUCAACCAGCACCACCUGGAUGCGAUCGGGGUUGGCCAUUCCUCGCUGGACCGCGUCUGUCUGAUCACUGCCUCGCAUGGGCUGCACAGCAAACUGACGGGUGCCGGGGGAGGGGGCUGUGCUAUCACUUUGCUCCGGCCAGAUGUGGCUCCUUCAACGGUGGAAGCCGCCAUCCGAGACCUUGAGGACUGCGGGUUUGCAUGCUGGGAGACGGACAUCGGGGCCCUUGGUGUGUGCGCCCAUUCACCCCCUUCUCUGAAAGCAGAAGUGUUGAAGGCUUUUAGUGGGAUUUAAAGGUGGCGAUGAAGACUCCUCUUCCUUCUGAGAACUGGUUCCCUCGGCCCUUGCUUGGACUGGCACCACAAGUCUUGCUCAAAAUGAUGGGACUUCUGGAGAGUUUGGGUGGCCUGAUUCUUUUACUCGGCCUGUUGGACACUUGAGACGCAGUGCAAGCACUUGAACGGGCCAAGUGGCUGGAUGCUGUGGCAUUCUCCUACUUUGCGUUGCGCUCAGCCUGGAUGGCUAGCACUGGGUGUUAAUGUGUCACUCCUUCUCAUGCUAACUGCAGCAGUGACGUUCUUUUCUGCACUUUUUACACAUGGUCAGGUCCCCUGAUGCUUUUCCACCUGGGUUUGCCCCCCCCCCAUUCUGAUAAGAGUAUACUAA